GAGCGUCUGCAGAAGAACAGCACAGACUGAUAGAUCAAAAGGAAGGGCGUGCAGUACCAUCAAGCAGGAGUGUGGGUCCUUUUUACCAUCUUUAGCCAGUUUAAACAUCAUGGCCGACCCGGAAAACCAGCCCGAACAGCCAAAGGCUGCCCCGGAAAAGCAAAUCAUCGCUACCAAAGUGUCGGGUGUGGUCAAGUGGUUCAAUGUGAAGAGUGGAUAUGGCUUUAUCAACCGGAAUGACACUAAAGAAGACAUCUUUGUCCAUCAGACGGCCAUAUCACGCAAUAACCCAAGAAAAGCUGUUAGGAGUGUUGGGGAUGGAGAGAUUGUAGAGUUUGACGUGGUUGUGGGGGAGAAAGGCCACGAAGCAGCCAAUGUUACUGGUCCAGAAGGUGAACCAGUCAAGGGUUCUCCGUAUGCAGCAGACCGGCGUGGCCCAGGAGGGUAUGGCUACCGCAGACGCGCUGCCGGAGGUAAUAGUGGUUUGGGAAGUGGUUACCGACGUAGACCAAGGGGACCUCGUCGCGAAGGCGAUGAAGAUGGGAAAGAUCAUUCUGAAGAGCGUGGUGAAGGAGAUGAAGAAAAUGAAGAAAUGAGCGCUCCCAGAGAAGGGCCUUCUCGUGGACGUGGUUUCCGUGGGCGCUUCCGUGGAAUGAGUUACCGUCCUCGUUAUUUCAACCGCCCCCGUAAAAACACCGAAGGUGAAGAAGUUUCUGCUGAGAAACCCCACGCGGAAGGUGACGCCGAUCAGGAGGCGGGAGAAGAUAAUAAAUCUCGUGGGGCUCGCGGAGGUUUGCGCGAUGGCGCUCGCGGACGUGGUCGCACCCGGUCUCGUGCUCGUGGCUAUUAUGGACGUGGACGCGGAGCCCGCUCUGAUCAUGGACCCGGACAAGAAUCAUCUGAAGGAGUUCAAGAAGAUGGUCCCGGUGAAAGCCGUGGAGCAUACCGUGGUGGUCGUCCUUUCAGAGGACGACGUGGCGGUCGCAGUCGCGGAGCCAGGCCUCGUUCUGGGGAGGGGCUUGAAGGAAAGGUCGAAGGACAGUCCAUGAACGCCACUAGUAACGAGAGCAACGCGUAAAUUCAUGACUCAAGAAAAGAGCGUAUGCAAGGGUGGGGAAUGGCGGGAUAUUGGACGGGAAAAUAAAUCAUCCUUGCCGAACUCUUCUACAACCUUUGUUUUUGUGCCGGUACUAAAACAACCUUGUGUUGGGUCAUACUAAGCAUUUUCUCUUGGUUAGCCAUCUCCACCUAAAAAAAAAAUUACAAGUAAUGACUAUAGGAAUUGUUAACUCUAGCGUACAUGAGGAGGGGAUUGUCUUAAUUUAAUUUUUUUUAGAAAAUCUGGGCGCGUUGGUUGUAAGCGGGUCAAAAUUUUUUUGUUAUUUUUUUCUCUUUUUCCUUUUUUGUUUUUUUUUCCGGUUUUUUUUUAUCGUGGAAAGAACCUGAACUCUGGCUUUUCUCCCUCCACCUUGCUCUCGUCAACUUGUGUGCUUGAUUGCGAACCAUUUGUGCAGAAAAUGCGUAGCCAAACUUUUGCUCGAUCUCGGUCUUAAUUUUUCUUUCCCGUUCUUGUCUCGAGUUUUGCAUCUGUUUUCAAUACUUUGGGUUAUAGGAAAAACAACCUGUAAUAUUUAGUCAGUUAACUAAGUACAAAAUUUGCGCGCCUUAAAGAAAGUGCUGCCCUUUUUUGUUAUUUGACCAUUUUUUAUGUUAAAAUCUUACCCAGCUCUUAAAUUUAAACGGGACUUGAGUAAUACUGACCAAGGUCGAGGCAAUCGUUCGUCUAUUUGAAAGCUUUUGUUUACCGAAGACGAGUCGCUCACUUUUCACAUUACAGUUGGUGAAGUAUGAUACCUGAAUUUGAUUUUCUGAAACCUCAAGCUUUGACAGAAAGUGUUUCGGUAAAUUUGUAUAACUGCAUUGUGUUGGAAAACAACUUUUUCCCAACGAUGAGUCAAACACGUUCACCGUGACUUCUUCGCUAUCAAAGUUUAAUUAGAACUUAUCCUCAUCCACAUGUCACUAUUGGCAACUGCUAAAUCCCCGAGUCUGUACUUGAAGAAAUCUUAAAGGUUUGUCAAUACAACAGCAAAGACA